GAUAAAAAAAAAAAUGGACAGAAAGGGUUCUUUCUCACCUCCGUCCCCACUCUCCAGCACAAUCGUGAUCCAUUCAUUACCUUCCUUUUCCCUCAAUACACUAAAAAAAGAAAAACUCUAAAAAAGUAUUUUCCUCCAUUUCGUUCUAAUCCAUUCCGAUGAUUCCCAGCGCCGGAAUCCCUAAAAAGCGGCAACGAACCGCCGCCCGCCGUUCCUCCUCCACUGUCGGCACCAUCUCCUCCGUCUCAGACGUAACCCUAACCGAAAUCUCCCAACAACACCGUCCCUCUUCCAUGGCUGAUGACCGUCCCUCGCCCAUGGCGGACGACCGUUCCACUUCCUCCACAGAUGAAGCUUUCCAUUUCAACGACGCUGUCACUGCUGACGUCUUCCUCCGCCUCUUCAUGGAUUCUCCCUCUCCACUUCAGUCCUCCCCCACCGCCACCGCCACCUCUGAUUCUGUUUCCAAUUCCGACUUCCACGUUUACCUCCACUCCGACAUCCUCCGUCGCUCCAAAUAUUUCUCUGCUCUCCUAUCCGACCGGUGGAUUGGCCACGUCCAAGCAUCAGAUCACGCAACCUCAACCGACGGCGACCGCUUCCUCCUCAACCUCGGUGUUCCCCCCGCUACUGGCUCGAUCCAAUCUCAUCUCACCGUCCUGGAGCUUCUCUACACUAACGACUUCGCUGCCGUGGUGGAUAGCGCUUCAACGGCGCUAGAUCUGUUGCCGGUGGCGCUGGAGCUUCUGUUCGAGGAGUGUGUGCGUUGGUGCGUGGAUUUCCUGGAGGCGGUGCCAUGGACGGAGGAGGAAGAGAAGCGAGUGGUGAGAUUAAUCCCGUUCCUGAGCGAGGAAGAGUCGAAGGAGCUCGUGGCUAGGGUUUCGCCGUCGAGAGAGGACUCGUGCGAAGCGAUGCUCGAGGGUCUGGUUUCGUCGGCGAUGAACAGUUACGGCAACACGGCGUUCGUGAAGGCAUUUGUAGGGAAGAUACUGAGGGAUUUGUCGUCGAGGGAGACGGCGAAGAGAGUGUUGGAGAAGGCGUUCGCUAGAAGCUUGAAGACGGUGAAGGAGUCGUUGGAGGAUUAUUCGAGUCCAGUGUUCAGAGGGGAUCACAACGAAACGGAGGCCAUUCAGAAGCUGAAUCUGCACAAGGCUUCGACGAAUGGGAAGCAUCUUCUGUGGCUUGUGGAAAGAAUGAUUGAGCUUAGGGUUGCGGAUGUGGCUGUGAGGGAAUGGAGCGAGCAAGCGUGUUUCACCGCUGAUUUGCAGAGGGCGUUUCGUGAUGAUUCUUGGAGGAACAUUGUGCCUGGCCUUCCUGCUGUUAUUCUUAGAUGUACCUGCAGGCUCGCCAAUGCUGUUUCUGCUGGCACUAUUCUCGCUUCUAGACAGGUGAGAAGGAAGCUGGUAGAAGACUGGCUACCCGUUUUAGUGGUAUGCAAAGAUAAUGUUUCCCCAAUUUCACCGAGCAACAAAUCGUUGUAUCUGGAACUGGAAGAAACAUUCUUACGUAUCAUCUCCACAUUGCCCAUGUCCGAUGCUCAAGAAUUGCUGCAGCGGUGCCUCAGCUUUUCAACCCGAAACGUUGAAGAUUGUCCUCAUUUGGUCACUGCAUUCAACACCUGGUUCCGCCGUGCAGCCCGACCCCUCAAACCAGAUUCUCUCUUUGAUCAAUAAGUACUUGCUUCGCAUGCUGUCAAAUAUUGUGCAUAUAUGUAAAUACUAUGUUCAGAAACUUAAACUUUAACACCAACAUUGUACAUAUAAAUCCAAAUUCCAAAGUAAACUGUCUUGUCUUUUUAGGACAAA